CAGUGGUCGGGAGCUGCCCGCGAGGGGGAGCGGCCGGGCGGAGAGCGCGACUCGUCCCGGGGGUGGGGCCGGGCGCGGCGGCGAGAGAAGACCGAGGUGGCCGCGGCGGCAGCGGCGCGGCAGCCUCGAACCCAGCCCGGAGCGCAGGGCGGCCGCGCAGCUUCCCGCUCCCCUCCCGGUGCGCCGGCCCAUGGCGGCCGCGGGGCGGCUGUGGCUGCUCUACCUGUCGGCGGGGCUCCUGCCGCGGCUCGGCGCCGCCUUCAACUUGGACACCCGGGAGGACAAUGUGAUCGAGAAAACCGGGGACUCCGGGAGCCUCUUCGGCUUCUCGCUGGCCAUGCACUGGCAGCUGCAGCCCGAGGACAAGCGGCUGUUGCUCGUGGGGGCCCCACGGGCAGUGGCCCUUCCAAUGCAGAAGGCCAACAGAACAGGAGGCUUGUACAGCUGCGACAUCACCUCCCGGGGGCCGUGCCCACGGAUUGAAUUUGAUAACGACGCUGACCCUUCAUUGGAAAGCAAGGAAGAUCAGUGGAUGGGGGUCACCGUCCAGAGCCAAGGUCCAGGGGGCAAAGUUGUGACAUGUGCUCAUCGAUACGAAAAAAGGCAGCAUGUUAAUACAAAACAGGAAUCCCGAGACAUUUUUGGAAGGUGUUACGUCCUAAGUCAGAAUCUCAGGAUUGAAGAUGAUAUGGAUGGAGGAGACUGGAGUUUUUGUGAUGGCCGAUUAAGAGGUCAUGAAAAAUUUGGUUCUUGCCAGCAAGGUGUAGCAGCUACUUUUACUAAAGACUUUCAUUACAUUGCGUUUGGAGCCCCAGGCACUUACAACUGGAAAGGGAUUGUUCGCGUAGAGCAAAAGAAUAACACUUUUUUUGACAUGAACAUCUUUGAAGAUGGGCCUUAUGAAGUUGGUGGAGAGACUGACCAUGAUGAAAGUCUAGUUCCUGUUCCUGCUAACAGUUAUUUAGGGUUUUCUUUGGACUCAGGGAAGGGUAUUGUUUCCAAAGAUGAGAUCACUUUUGUAUCUGGUGCUCCUAGAGCCAAUCACAGUGGAGCUGUGGUUUUGCUUAAAAGAGACGUGAAGUCUGCGCACCUUCUCCCGGAGCACAUAUUUGAUGGGGAAGGGCUGGCUUCUUCAUUUGGCUAUGACGUGGCAGUGGUGGACCUUAACAAAGAUGGGUGGCAAGAUAUAGUUAUUGGAGCCCCACAGUAUUUUGAUAGAAGUGGAGAAGUUGGAGGUGCAGCGUAUGUCUACAUUAACCAGCAAGGCAGAUGGAAUAAUGUCAAGCCAAUUCGUCUUAAUGGAACCAAAGAUUCUAUGUUUGGCAUUGCGGUCAAAAAUAUUGGCGAUAUUAAUCAAGAUGGCUACCCAGAUAUUGCAGUUGGAGCACCUUACGAUGGUAUGGGGAAGGUUUUUAUCUAUCACGGAUCUGCAAACGGAAUUAAUACCAAACCAACACAGAUUCUCGAGGGUAAAUCACCUUUUUUUGGAUAUUCAAUUGCCGGAAACAUGGACCUUGAUAGAAAUUCCUACCCCGAUGUUGCUGUUGGUUCCCUCUCAGAUUCAGUAACUAUUUUCAGAUCCCGGCCUGUGAUUAAUAUUCAGCAAACCAUCACAGUUACACCUAACAGAAUUGAUCUCCAUCAGAAAAUGCCCUGCGGGGCGCCUAGCGGGAUAUGCCUGAAGGUUAAGGCCUGUUUUGAAUAUACUGCCAAACCCACUGGUUACAAUCCUUCAAUAACCAUUGCGGGCACACUGGAGGCUGAAAAGGAAAGAAGAAAAUCUGGGCUGUCAUCAAGAGUUCAGUUUCGAAACCAAGGUUCUGAGCCCAAGUACACGCAAGAGCUCACUCUAAGCAGGCAGAAGCAGAAGGCGUGCAUGGAGGAAACCCUCUGGCUCCAGGAAAAUAUCAGAGAUAAACUGCGUCCCAUCCCCAUAACAGCUUCCGUAGAGAUCCAAGAGCCAAGCACUCGGAGGCGAGUGAAUUCGCUUCCAGAAGUUCUUCCAAUUCUGAACUCAAACGAACCCAAGUCUGUUCAUACAGAUGUGCACUUCUUAAAAGAGGGAUGUGGAGAAGACAACGUAUGUAACAGCAACCUUAAGCUAGAAUAUAAAUUUUGUACCCGAGAAGGAAAUCAAGACAAAUUUUCUUAUUUACCAAUUCAAAAAGGUGUACCAGAACUAGUUCUAAAAGAUCAGAAGGACAUUGCUUUAGAAAUAACGGUGACGAACAGCCCUUCCAACCCAAAGAAUCCCACCAAAGAUGGUGAUGACGCUCAUGAAGCUAAACUCAUUGCCACUUUUCCGGACACUUUGACUUAUUCUGCAUAUAGAGAACUGAGGGCUUUCCCUGAGAAACAGUUGAGUUGUGUUGCAAACCAGAACGGCUCACAAGCAGACUGUGAGCUUGGGAAUCCUUUUAAAAGAAAUUCCAGUGUUACUUUUUAUUUGAUUUUAAGUACAACUGAGAUCACCUUUGACACCACAGAUCUGGAUGUUAAUCUGAAGUUGGAAACAACAAGCAAUCAAGAUAAUUUGGCUUCAAUUACAGCUACAGCAAGAGUGGUUAUUGAACUGCUUUUAUCGGUCUCCGGAGUUGCUAAACCUUCCCAGGUGUAUUUUGGAGGUACAGUCAUUGGUGAGCAAGCUAUGAAAUCUGAAGAGGAAGUGGGAAGUUUAAUUGAGUAUGAGUUCAGGGUGAUUAACUUGGGCAAACCUCUUAAAAACCUCGGCACAGCAACCUUGAAUAUCCAGUGGCCAAAAGAAAUUAGCAAUGGCAAAUGGUUGCUUUAUUUGGUGAAAGUAGAAUCCAAAGGAUUGGAAAAGAUAGCUUGUCAGCCACAAAAAGAAAUAAACUUCCUGAAACUAAAGGAGGCUCACAACUCAAGAAAGAAACGAGAAAUUGCUGAAAGACAGACAGACGAUGGUAGAAAAUUUUCUUUAUUUGCCGAAAGAAAAUACCAGACCCUCAACUGCAGCGUGAACGUGAACUGUGUGAACAUCGGGUGCCCGCUCCGAGGGCUGGAUAGCAAGGCCUCCGUGGUUCUGCGCUCGAGGCUCUGGAACAGCACGUUUCUGGAGGAGUACUCCAAGAUGAACUACCUGGACAUUCUCGUGCGGGCUUCCAUUGAUGUAACUGCUGCCACCGAGAAUAUUAAGCUGCCCAAUGCAGGCACUCAGGUUCGUGUGACUGUGUUUCCCUCAAAGACUGUAGCUCAAUAUUCAGGAGUACCUUGGUGGAUCAUCCUAGUGGCUAUUCUUGCUGGGAUUUUGAUGCUUGCUCUAUUAGUAUUUUUACUAUGGAAGUGUGGAUUCUUUAAACGCUCUAGGUACGACGAUAGUGUUCCCCGAUACCAUGCUGUAAGGAUCCGGAAAGAGGAGCGAGAGAUCCCAGAUGAAAAAUAUAAUGAUAACCUUGAAAAAAAACAGUGGAUCACAAGGUGGAAUGAAAAUGAAAGCUACUCCUAGGGGGGCCAAAAAAGCUUCACAGUACCCAAACUGCUUUUUUUUUUUUUUUUCCCCAACCCAGAAAUUUCAAUGGAUUGAAAAGCCUGUUCAAUACCUGAAUAUAGAUUUCAGACAGACUACACACAGUACAAGCCUACAGUUUUAACUGUGGACAUUGUUAUGUAGCCUGAGGCUCCUGUUUUGCACGGCCAAUUUGAAGGCUGUUGGAAUGGAUUUUUCUUUAACUGCCUUAAUUUAAUGUUCCGGGUUGCCUUUGUUUUUGGUGUGACUGACUUACCUGUGCUGGGGAAGGACCUGCCACAUCCUCUUGAUGGUAUAGCUGGAAGAAGCCACCACAACCACUGCGCCAACAGAGUGACCGUCCUGACCUCGGCACCACCUCUGCAAAUGCUCUUCUCACAGGACCAGAGAAGCUGCAAGUCAACUGUCCUGCGUCACAGGACUAUGCCGUCAGGGUAGCUGUGUUCAAUUUAAAGUGCUCCCAUAAAUUAAGUGUGCAAUAGAAGGUGAUGCUGCCAUCCUGCCAUCUUUUUCCAUUUCCUAGAUGUGUGAAUACCUGCUCACACCAAAUACACAGAGGUUUAAUUCCCCUUUGACUAAAACACACAGGCAUAACAGAUUUGAAUGCUAGUUAUACUUAUUUGUAUAUGGUAUUUAUUUUUCUUUUUUACAAACCAUUUUGUUAUUGACUAACAGGCCAAAGAUUCUCCAGUUUACCCUUCAGGUUGGAUUAAGCAAUCAGAAUUAGAACACAAGAGGUCGUUGGUUGGACCUAAAUUAUUGACUGCCUAAAGAAAACAGUAAUUCUUUAUAAAUGUAUCAGAGUUGUUAUACUUUACAGAUAAGUUUAAGUUAUUAAAACAUCUCCCUUCAUGACAGCCCUCACCCCCUCCCUCCAGACCCAAAACAUUUAAGAAAUAGGAUUUAGCUGUAAGAUGUUUAAUUCUUAAAGACAGCAGAUAUUUUUUAGUUUAGAGCCCUGUGUGAUAUUUCUGAAUUUCAUGCUAUAACUUUCAGGAACUCUUGGAAAUGAUGGGAUUGUUUGUUGGACUUUAGUGCAGUUUAGUCACUGCUGAAAAUACUGUAUAUUCAGGACUUGAAAGAAACGGUGAGUGCCUAGGGUGGACCCAAACCGAUCCAGCGUAAGACUACUGAAUACCUGAUACCAAAAGUCAGAACAUCGUUGCUUUGACAUUUUUAAAUGUUAUUGGAAGCAUUUAAUCAGUGAGUUGAUGUUCUGUUUUUCGCUUUGUUUCCUCUCCUGUCUGCAUCCCCCAAAAGACUUUGACUACUCUAAAAAAGAACUUUAAGUUGUUUAAUUUUAAAGAUGAAGGGGAGGGAGGAGGAAGAUAUUAUUAUAUAAUACAUUCAAUAGAGAUUGAAUAGAUAUGAAAACUAAAUUUUAAAAAAUCACUGUACUUCAAAAUGUUAAGUUAUAUGGGACGCAACAGCAAACAGGUGCUAAUUUGUUUGGCUAUAGUGUAAGCAGCAUCUCAGAAUCUUUUAAAAGAACAAAAUACAGCUACGUGUGCCAUUGUUGCUUUGGAGUUUUAAUUUUUUUUUUCUUUUCAGAAAUGUUAUGCCCUUAAGAUACUAGUUGUACUUUGGAAUUUUCAAAACAAAAAUAGUUUUAUAAGUGAUAUUUUUUUACAAAGAUUUCUCUAAAACAGGUCAUAACAGUGUUUAAAAUCUCAGUUUCUUGCUUAGGUAACUUGCAACCUAGUGCACUGGCUUAUAGGUUGCUCAGAAGCUGAUAUUUUGAAAGUGUUUAUAGACCUUUGUUAUAAAAAUGAAUGUCCUAAAAGGGGGGGGGGUACAAGGGUGGUUCAACAACAAAAGAAUCAAGAAUGUAGUGGUGUUUAAAUUUAUAGUUGUUAAAAAUGUCAUCUCAAGUCAAGUCACUGGUCUGUUUGCAUUUGAUACAUUUUAAUACUAACUAGCAUUGUAAAAUUAUUUCAUGAUUAGAAAAAUACCUGUGGAUAUUUGUAUAAAAGUGUGAAAUAAAUUUUUUUAUGAAAGUGUUCAUUGCUUAGUAACACAGCAUUGUAUAUGUGAAAUUAUAAAUAAUGUGAAUUGCCUUUCUUUUUAUUUCAUCAAACUAAACUGUA